AUGGGCUCCUUGCCUGGCGUCGUCUGCGAGUUCUGCAACAGAUGGUUCCCCAACGCCCAAGUUUAUGGCGGUCAUAAGUCACGGCGGACCCCUUGUCAAGGCCUUUCCGCCGUGGCAAGGCCCUCGCAAUCUGCACCGUCAGCCGGUCUACACGCACUGCUAUUCGUCCACGACAUUCUGUCGGACGCUCCCGCUGCUCCCGCUUCCCCUACCGCGUCUAACGCGUCCAACACCGACGGUGUGAAUGGUCCUCCUCGCGUCCCGGUAGCUGACGAGGACGCAACACCCUCGGCUGUGAACGUGGGGGCUCCUGAAUCUGAGCAUCAACCGUCACCAGAAACACCUGCAGAUGACACGAGUGAGCAUCAGGGGUGCCGCCCUGGAGUGAGUCACGCGGCACCGCCGACAAUCAUUUCCGGGGAGAGCAAUGCGUCGCCCCUCAGUCUGAUUGCGUUGAAACUGCUGCAUUUCGUGAGGCGCGUAAAUGGCGGAAUGGGCAUGGCGGAGAUCGACAUCAAUGGCCUGCUUCAGCUCGUGGUGGAGCCCGGCCUUGCGCCUCUUGUGAUCUCAGAGAUCCGGAACUGCAAGGAUCUGGAGCGGUUCGAGAUGGAGCGCUUGGUAGGGCUCAAUCGCGGAUGGUCAGUGGCGACCUUCGAGAUUGAGGGUCAUCCGCCACAGCGCCUCCUCUUCCAGAACUCCGCGCAGGCGUUUGCUGAACUGUUUGGGCACACCAACAACGCACCCGGCUUCAAGCUCAAGGCUCGUGUUGAUGAGGACCCUGACACAGGCGAGCGUCGCUAUACCACGCCAGAAACAGGAACGUGGUGGAACGAUGCUCAGGAACACUUCGGAUGGUCCGAAGUCGUGGGGGGUAUCAUCCUAUAUUCAGAUAUGACGCACAUGAGCAACAACGGCCGGAAGAAGGCGUGGCCGCUCAUGAUGACGCUUGCCAACAUCUCCCAGGCCAAGCGAUGGGGGAAAGCCGGGCACACGCUACUUGCUCUCCUUCCUAUCCCCCCUUCUGCAAUGACUGCCGUCGAGAAGGUGAUGCUCUUCCAGCGAUGCGUCAUCACCGUGCUGCAGCCGCUUCUUGAUGGCAUGGACAGAGUCGUCCUGGCUGUUGCUGUUCCCACUCUACCCGUUCCUCGCAGCGGCCUCCGUCUCAAGGACCCUUUCGGCGAUUGGCAAACAGUGCGGCCUCUACUGUACGCCUGGGUGUGCGACUAUCCCGAGAGCGGCAAGAUCAGUUGCACACUCUCGCAUGGAUCGCGGAUGCCGUGCAGCAUCUGCUAUGCUGCAAAGGAGCAUUUGGUUGCUGUCAAGGCACGGAACACGCCGCGCACGCCUGAACAGCAGCAAUGGAUCGUGAAUGAGGCGGCUGGGUUGACAUCAAGCCAGGCCGACCCAUGCAAGACCUACUCGACCUACCCGGUUGAGUGGGAUGUCCCAGGGACCGUGUGGGGCAAUCCCUACCUCGUUAUCAUGCCUGACAUCAUGCACCAGGCGGACCUGGGCAUGAUGAGCCACAUUGUGGCUGUCGUGCGCAAGAUGAAGAAGCGGCGCGUGAAGCAGAUGGACAGGCGCCUGUCCCUCAUUCGCGACCGCACGCGCCUGAACCACCUGCGCCUGCCAGAGAGCGCGUACUUCGAGAGUGGAGCAUGUGUCGCGGCCUAUGAGCACAGGGCCGUCAUGCAGGUCAUGGUGUUUGUCUUUGCUGGCCUGCUUCGCCAGCCCCAGAUGGAUGCUGUUCGUGCCUACCUUGGCUGGUACCUCUUGUGUUGCCAGCCAACGGGGCACACCGAGCGGUCCCUGCGGGAUCUCAAGAAGAAGACCUCCCGGUACUAUUAA